UUCCAGGUUUUCCACCUCUCCCUUUCAGUCAAUUUAGUCUCACCUGGCACACCCAAGUCAGUACUCUGCAGUCUGGGAAUAAAACAGGACCUGGAGAUAAAGUGAUGGCGUCUGCUGAUCCGAGGAAUGACCUGGAAUGUUCCAUCUGUCUUAACGGUGCUAAAGAUCCUGUUACCCUGAAAUGUGGGCACAGCUUCUGCCGGGACUGUAUUGGCCAUGUGUUGGAUACACAGGAGGAGUCUGGAGGUUGUCCCUGUCCUGAAUGCAGAGAAGAGUUCCAGGAGCGGCCUGAACUGUGGCGGAAAAUAAAACUGCGUAACAUAGUGGAGAAUGUCCUGUCUGCUCAGCCAGAUCAAGAGGAUUUCGGGGUCUUCUGUACUUACUGUAUUCACACUCCUGUACCGGCUGUAAAAUCCUGUCUGCAUUGUAAAGCUUCUUUGUGUGAAGAUCACCUGAAAGUCCACAACAAGUCACCAGAACACGUCUUAUGUGACCCCACCACUUCCCUGGAGAACAGGAAAUGCUCCGUCCAUCAGAAGACCCUGGAGUAUUACUGCACCGAGGACUGCAGUCCGGAUGGAGGACACCGAGUGGAGAUUCUGGAUGAGGCCUCUGAGAUGAAAAAGAAACUGAUAGAUGUUCUGCAGAAACUGAUGACCGAGAGAGAGGAGACGGAGAAAAGAGUCUAUAAUCUGCAGGAAUGCAGGAGGAAAAUACAAGGAAAAGCAGAUGACGAAACAGAGAAAGUCACUGCCCUGUUCAGAGACCUCAGGAGACGUCUGGAAGACCUGGAGAAGAGAGUCCUGAGUGAGAUCUCUGGGCAGGCAGAGCGGGUCUGUCUACCACUGUCUGAUAUGAUCCAACAGCUGGAAAUAAAGAAGGAAGAGCUGUCCAGGAAGAUGGGGGACAUUGAGGAGAUGUGUAACAUGAAAGAUCCACUGACUGUCCUCCAGGAAUCGGAUACAGGGGACUUGUGUGAAACUGAAGAUGGAGAUGAGGGCAGAGAGAGACAUGAUAGACUUCUCCAUGAUGGAGGGGAUCUGGAUGUGGUGGGGAUCUCUCACACAUUACACACAGGCUUGUCUGAUAUCAUGUCUGAGGUAAAUGUACAGAAAUGUUCAGACACACAUGUCUCUCCGCCUUCUACUACAAUGGGCAAAGUCCACAUCAAUGCUGGACCAUCCAGGAGACGACCCCAACCCUCCGUGACUCUACAUGACUUAUUCUACCAGGUUGGAGGAGAAUAUAUUGGGGCUGUACAGCCAACAUCAGGGGUGUCGGGCUAUAGAGACAUAUUACUGGAUGUCGGCACAUCUGGUUAUUCUUUACAUAUAUCUGAUGACCGAAAAACUGCAUCCUGGUUAUCACCCUCACUUGUCCCUUUAAAUAUUUAUCCCCUGCCAGCUACAGAGAGAUUUCAGUGUCCUCAGGUGAUGAGUAGUCAGAGUUUCUCCUCAGGAAAACAUUGCUGGGAGGUGGAUGUUGGUGGGUCCGAGUACUGGACAGUCGGGAUGUGUUACCCCAGUAUAGACAAGAAAGGAAACCGGUCACUGAUUGGAUGUAAUAAGAAGUCCUGGGGUUUGGGGAUGUUUGGGUGUAAUCAAUACACGGUAAUACAUAACAGUAAUCAGACUCCAAUACCCGGAAAUUUCCCCAUCAACCGAGUCGGCGUAGCUCUGUAUUACGAGGCCGGGCAGAUCUCCUUUUAUGAUCUGUGCAACCUGGUCCGACACCUCUACACCUUCACCACCACCUUCACCGAGCCCCUCCAUGCUGGGAUAUAUGUGUGGAGAGGGUGUGUAAAAAUAUGUAGGGGUAAUUGGAUGUGAGAAAUCUGCCCAGAGGCUGGUGACAUCACAAGGUGUAGGAUUGGUUAAAUACUCCACCACUAGGAGGAAGUAGUGGAGAAGAGCCAACGUUAUUUAUUGAUUUUUGUUUUUAAAAGCUGCAGGCUCUGGGACCAUCAUCUUCAUCCUAAACUUCACUACCUAGUGCAGGGAUAUGCAAUUA